AUGCCGGGAGAAAUUUGGGUGGCCAUUAAGUUUGAUAAGGUAGAUUUGACGGAUGAGGAUGCGAAUGAAGAUGGAACCCAUGAUUGCGAUAACAUCUCCCAAGGAUCUAAGGAUGACGAAGUAGAGGGUGAAUCAACGGAGGAAGAUGAGGACUUCACCAUUUCACUAGAUUCGGAUGAUGAGUAUACUUCUAGGCCAAGUACUUGGGAUGAUAUGGUGGACGAUGAGUACAGGUUUGGCCCUAGUAUCAAGGAUGACAUUGGCUGA